AUGAAAGGGCAGAUGAGAUUUGGCAAAAAGGGAAAAUUAACUUCUCGCUACAUUAGGCCGUUUCAGAUUCUCGAGAGAUUGGGUCCUGUUGCUUACCAUAUUGCUUUGCCACUGGGAAUGGAACAAGUACGUAAUGUUUUCCGUGUAUCCAUGCUUCAUGGGUAUCUUAGAGAUUCGUUCCAUCUGAUUGAUCACCACCAGAUUGCUUUAGAUGAGAACAUGAUGUAUGAAAAAUGGCCCGUGCAAGUCAUUGAUCGGCAAGUGAAACAGUUGAGAAACAAAACUAUCCCUAUGGUGAAAGUCAAGUGGAAAGAACAUUAUGGGAAGGAGGCCACUUAG